AGCUGUGAGGGGCGGGGGCUGAGCCCGGUCGCCAUUGUCAUUGUAGUCGGAGCCGAGACAAAAACCGCGCUUUGUUGACUGAGGGGAAACUGAGGGCGGUGAGAAUGGUUUGCGGCGGUUUUACCUGCUCGAAAAACGCGCUCAUCGCUUUAAACGUGGUGUACAUAUUGGUUGGACUGUUACUUAUCGGAGUGGCGGGAUGGGGGAAAAGUUAUGGCAUUGUUUCCAGCAUAAAUAUCAUUGGCGGAGUCAUUGCUGUAGGAGUGUUCCUCCUACUCAUUGCUGUUGUCGGACUUAUCGGAGCAGUGAACCACCAUCAAGUCAUGCUGUUCUUUUACAUGGUGAUUUUAUUCCUGGUCUUUGUGAUUCAGUUUGGAGUUUCUUGUUCCUGUCUGGCACUCAACCGAAGUCAGCAGGAACACUUACUAAAAUUGACCUGGAACGGAAUGUCAAAUACAACCAGGCAAGAUCUAGAACAUCAACUGAACUGCUGUGGAUUUAUGAAUGAUACAGAAAAUAGUGCUAUUUAUGGCUCUGAUUAUCACAUGUGUACAGCAUCCUGCAAAAAUAAUUGCGAAACGUGUGGCGAUGUCAUGCUGACACAUGCCGGAGAGGCUUUGAGGAUCCUCGGAGGCGUGGGUCUUUUCUUCAGCUUCACUGAGAUCCUCGGAGUUUGGCUUGCAAUGCGGUUUAGGAACCAGAAAGACCCCCGAGCAAAUCCUAGUGCCUUUUUGUAGGAUCCUCCUCCAUUCUCAUGACAGUUAUCUGCUCGACAAAGUUAUCUUUCCCAGGGGUUAUUUUCAUCAAAACCUAAUCGAUUUUAAAAGCAGAAUAAUCUUCACCAAUGCAUGAUGGGAUGGAGCAAAAUGGCCAAACUGCAUGGAUUAUCUUGGUGCUGUGGCUGAUUAGACUCUGAAAUCUGAACCAAAGCUUCCUUCCUUGACGUGAAGUUCUUGCUGCUUGCAUUACGUGCUCUGCUAGCGUGUAAGACCAGGACUUGAGAAAAUGUGCAGUGUUGAGAUAAUUUUAGAAAUUAAUACGGCGCUUCUGUUUCUUUAUUAUGCAGUUAUAAGUGCCAGACAUUAUUGCAUAAUUACAGCAACUAUUGAUGUUUAGCUAGUAUUUUGUUAAGAGGACAAAUAAUUGAAGGGGGGGGGGACUGGGAGGAGGCAAUAAUUUAAUCUCUCCUAACUUUUAAUUGAAUGAAAAGUGUUUUUAUUUUGUUGAACUUUUACCCGCAACACAUCAGAGUUUAAAUUUGAUGGUAACUAAAUUUUGAAUUUCCCAGCAAGACUGGCCAUAUUGAUUUCACGCAAUUAUUCCUUUGAUUAAUCUUUGGUCAAAGCAUAAGAUGAUUCUAUCCUCUGGCUGAUGUCUAACUAAAUAUGUAUGACAAAUUCUGGUGGUUGAUUUGUGGUGUGGCAGCUGCAACAGAGGAGGAAAUGUGAAAAAUGUGAAUACCCGACUUAAGUUUUUGUUUUCCAAGUCCUGGUUUAACUUUUUGUCAUAAUGUUCAUGUCAAUUACCCAUGUUUAAUGUAUAGCUAGACAUACAAUACUACUGAUUUUUUUUUCUCAAUUUUUAUAAUUGAGGGAGCAUUCAAAUGAUGUUUGGAGCUACAUUUGAUUUUUGUCAGGGUAUCUUAAGAUCUCUCAAAGUUGAGGGCAUACCGCUUCCUGUUGUGUUAGGUGUUUUCCAUAGAACUGGUAAAAGCCUUGUCUUGCAGCGGCAUUAAGUAUUUGAUGCUGUAAGUAAUAUUUCUGCAGCAAAAAUAUUAGGUGUUUGGUGUAUGUUUGUAAGCAAUUUCAGAAAACCUUUUGUUAUCAGGUUGAAUGUUAUGAGAAUUGUCUUGUCGAGCUAGUGAGCAAAGCAAAGUGAAGUAUAUCAGUAUUUUAGGGGUAGGAUAAUUUAAGAUAAUCUAAUAAAAUCCUGGUUUGGGGAUGUAUAUGUUAGCUUCAACUUGUUGUAAUGUCACUAGUCAAAGCAUAGUAACCAGAUGUGAUUUGAGAUGUGCAAGUACCAGUGUGAUCCUCUUCUACAAACAAGAGAAAUGUCACUUAUUUUUAAACCAAGAUCUUCUGUCAUUUUGUUCAUCUUUUCAGUUUUUUUCACUAACGGGGGCAGGAUGCAAGACUUGUUUGGAGUGAAGUGUUCAGAUGUUAUAUACUGUAGUUCACUGGUUCUUGCACAAAUGACCAUGAUCUUUUGAAGUUUACAAAGGUAGUGACAGCCCAGGGAGUAGCCCUUCAGGUCUAAACAAAGGGACUUAAAUCGCAAAGUAAAUGAUCUUUAGCUACGUGCACAUUUUUUGCAUGCAAACUGACCUGUAUUUGGUGAGGAUUGUUGAGACUGAAGAAGCAGUGAUUUGGCCUAUUUCAUCUUGUACCUGAAGUGUUUAUAGCAUUAGUGAAAGCAGCUAUAUUGAGAAACUGAUCCUGACCCUGGUUUGAUGUACUAAGUGCAGUUUGAUCUAGUGUACAUUUAUCACAUGUGCAGCAAACCUAUGAUUUCUUACCAAGUUCUUACAUUUUUCAUUUAAAUGAGUGAAGGAAAGUCCAAGUCCUAUGUAUCAAUGUUGUUGGGCUACAUCUUGUUAGAAUAUCUGAAUUUGGCCUUUUAAACAAAAGCUAGAAAUAAAUAGGCAGCAUCAAUGAUAGUAACAAUUAACCUAUUGGAUUAAAAUGGUUUUGAAUAAUUUAAGGUCCCUGAAGUAAAGGAAACAUUUUAACAUUCUAGCUUAAAGUACUGUUGUGCAAAAUAUUACAUGCAGCAGCUCACCUGGGAAUGGGUAGUAAUCUCAAUCUUAUAGUCUGGCAAUAAUUUUCAAUCCUUCAAGGUUAUGAACAAAUUUCCUGCAGUGUUCCACCAAUAACAUACAUUACAUUAUUUAAGUUUGUAACCUUAAAAAAAAAAAAUUAACAUUCAUUGUACAUUUCAGUUAAUUUUAUGUAAUUAUGAGUGUUGACACUUUUGGCCUUUGAU